AUGUCUCCUAGCUCGGGUGUUAGCUGGCAAAUACUUUCCAGAACAAGAAUUCCUUCAAGUCAAGGCCCCAUCAGCAUGUUCCCAUGGAUGGAGAGGAAUCCUUAUAGGAAGGACCUCAUUAAAGAUCAACUAGGAUGGGCAAUCGGAGAUGGGAAAAAUGUACAAGCUUGGCAAGAUUCUUGGCUAUACUCUGAUGCAAAAGGUUGCCCAAUGGGACCAAUACCAGAGAGCGAAAUGGAUUUAAAGGUUGCAGAUCUCCUUGCUGACCAAACAGGAGAAUGGAACGAAGGAAAAAUUGAGAACCACUUCCCCCUCCUUGCAGACACCAUUAAAUCUAUCAAACCAAGCAAAUGGGGAGGAGCAGAUAAACAAAUUUGGCUCAAACAAAACUCGGGGAAUUAUUCUGCCAAGUCAGGGUACUAUGUAGCCCUGGAAAAAUACCACCCCGAGAUCCUAGCACCUCAGGAGAAUAGUCAUGAUUGGAUUAAAGACGUAUGGAAAAUUCAGAUGGCUCCCAAACAAAAACUUCUCUUAUGGAAGAUCCUACAUGGAGCUCUACCAGUGGGAGAAGUACUAGUUGCUAGACAAGUCCUACCUACGUCAAAAUGCAUCAGGUGUGAUAGUUCUGAAUCCAUUCUCCACCUAUUCUACCAUUGCUCUUAUGCUCAAAAAGUUUGGGAACUGGCACCUGUUACUAGAGCAAUCGUCCCGCUGCAAGUUAUUUCUUUCGCUGCAGGAUGGAAGGCUGCCCUGAAAUCCACUGCCCUUCCUCCUGUUGGCCUCUGCAAAAGCCCGUUGGCCCCCUGGAUCAUCUCUGCAAUAUGGACAGCGAGGAAUUACCAAAUCUUCCAAAAAAGGGAAUUCUCAGCUCAGGAAACAAUCAACAAAGCAAUAUGUGAUGCCAAAGAAUGGGAGGAAGCCCAAUCAUUAGCAACAAUCAAACUACAGGGAGUUACAGGCCCCCGAGCCUCACCUGAAGCUGAUGUGAUCUGCCGAUCUGAUGCGGCAUGGAAAGAGGAAAGUAACAACGCUGGUCUAGCGUUUUCCUUCUACGACACCCGGAAUGAGAGAUUUUUCUCUCACAGUGAUACCUCUGCGUUUGUGAUCUCGUCUCUUGUGGCGGAGGGACUAGCAAUGCGCUUGGCGAUGGAAUGUGCAAUCAACCUCCAGCUGAGGAAGGUUAUCUUUGAAUCUGACUCCCUGCAAUUGGUGACAGCAAUUGAUAGGAAGGCGAAUCUCUCUGAUCUCCAUGGAAUCCUCUCUGACAUUCAUUCUCUGUCUCCCUUCUUUGAUGUUGUGUCUUUUCGAUUUAGUCGUCGUGAGAACCUAACCUUUGAGGAUGGUCUUGCUAAACAAGCCCUUAGGGGUUUUGUACCGAACCAAGUUUAA